AUGGAGAAGGCGGAGCAAGAGGCGACUUCGCCACCAGCUGGACCAGGACCAUCUGCCGCCCCCUCGCCGCAACGAGGACGCAAGUGGGUGUGGGAUUACGAUUUGCAGCAACAGGAAGAGGCAGAUUUCUACGAUGAUGAAUCUUACGAUUACAGCAACCCUUCUCCCCUGUCCCCCAUAACUUCGCCGCAAAUGUCGCGGCGCUCCUCUUCUUCCUCUUCCUCCACAACUGAAAGCAACCUCCUCUCGUCAUCCGAUUUCUACCCGAUUAUGGCCUCCACUCCGUCAUCUUCGCGGCGGAUGACGACGCCUCGGCCAUCCUUCGACACCGGCGGUGGCGUGCAGCACCACCAACUCGACCCAGCGUUGUACAACACGCUGGCCUGUCUGCGGCUGAUGAAAGGAGAACUGGACGUGUGGCACGCCAUCAUUCUCCUCAACAAGCACCGAGAGCCCAUCAUUCAAGACUUCCUGUGCAACGAGCUCAAGGCCUCGCGGGACAGCGAGCUCGAGUUCUUCCUGCCACAACUGUGCAACCUGCUGCUUCACACCACCUCACUUCCCUUGGAACGAUUCAUGCUCGACUUCUGUCGGCGGUCGGUACACGUCGCCCUACGAGUCUACUUCUUCAUGAAAAGCGCACUCGAAGACGACCUGCCCACCACACGACGAAAAGCGCGGUACAUCAGCAAGCGUACCCUUCACAUAGUGGGUCCUUCCGCCAACAAGGUGGUCCGAAGCUUUUGGGACGACGAGCUAGCGUUGGCCAACGCGCUCACACGCCUGGCCUCUUCGCUCUUCGACGUGCCCAAGGACAAGCAGAACGCGGUGCUGAAGGCCUCGCUGCAUCAAAUCAACUGCCGGCUGCCCGUCGGCCUCUACCUCCCCAUCACCAAGUUGAGCGACACGUACUACUACAUCAUCAACCUGGUGGCCGAGGACGCGUUCUGUCUGGGCACCAAGGCCCGGGUGCCCUACAUGAUGUUCGCCGAGACCGUGCGGGUGUCCGGCGUCAUGUUCUCAACCAUGGAGGGCAAGCUCAAGGAGAUCCAGACGCAGAACCAGAUGGCCCUCCGACCGAUUCCCACCCAACCCCGCAACAACCAAAUUCCACAGACGCCGGCCUUCUUGGCGGUGAUGCACAUGCUCAAGGAGGUCAACGACACGGCGGUGACGUCGCUCCUCCAUCAAGCCCUCCACCUCUCCGGCGAACACAAGCCCCGCGCGCCGGCGGGCGCUCGAAGCCCGACAACGCCGGCACCGUCGUCGUCGUCGUUGUCGGUUGUUGAGCCACGGAGGUCCAUGUCGGGCAUCGUCGCGCGUCACGGGGUCAAGCGAAAGCCUCGACGAACGCCGGCCGGCAACGGCAUCCUCCUGCGCAUGGACGAUGACGAUGAAGAGGAUGACGACGACGAGAGCGAGGUCGAGGCCGAGGUCGACGACGGCGGAGACCCGGCUCAAGGCAAAGCAACGAAGAAGAAGAAGGCGCCGAGUCCCCACCUGCGCACCCUGGCCGAGGGCGGCAAGCAGCUGUUGAAGCUGCUCUCGUCGGCCAACCUCAAGGCCGACAAGGCAGCCGGCAGCCACAGCCGAUCCGACGCCGCCAUUGUCGAGCGACGACGCAGAAUCCGGCCCAAGCACACAGCCAUCUCUCUCGCGUACAGGGAGCUGUGGCAAUCGAAGAAGAAACGAAUACAGGAGAACUCAUCUUUUGGUAGCAUGCCAGGCUGGGGCCUGGUGGCGGUCAUCGUCAAGAGCGAGGACGACCUCCGCCAGGAGCAGCUGGCGAUGCAGCUCAUCAAAUGUGCUGCCAACAUCUUUGAAGUGAUUCCGGACGCGGUGUCGGUCGAUUCCAUAAAGCGGCGAUUUUUCCCGAGUUCGCCGUCGCUGCUGAGCUACUUCACCACCACCUACGGCCGGCCCGGUUCGCGAUCCUUCGAUGCCGCUCGCAACAACUUUGUCGAGAGCCUCGCCGGUUACUCGCUCCUUUGCUAUCUCCUCCAGAUUCGAGAUCGACACAAUGGCAACAUCCUGUUGGACGUGGAGGGCCACAUCAUCCACAUCGACUACGGCUUCCUGCUGGGCAUAGCGCCGGGCUGGUGGCAGUUCGAGACGGCGCCGUUCAAGCUCACCGGCGAAUACAUCGAGCUCAUCGGCGGCUUCGACUCCGAGUGCUAUCGUUACUAUGAGGCUCUCUUCAUCAAGGGCUUCCUUCAGCUGCGCAAGUACCACUCGCGCUUCACCCAGCUCAUCGAAAUGAUGGUCGAAGGCAACAGGAUGCCAUGCUUGUCGGACACGACGUUGCCGCAGUUGGAGGAGCGAUUCAAGUUGACCAUGUCCAAGGAGGAGGUGGCGGCCUACGUCAAGUCCCUCAUCCGCGAAGCGCACGGGUCGUGGACCACCGCCUCCUACGACGAGUACCAGCGAUGGACCAACGGCAUCCUGUACUAG